AUGCUGUUCUGGCUGAGCCUGGCUGUGCUGUGGCAAAAUUUCUGGCUGACCUCAGGUGACAAGUGCAACUGCAGCAAAUCUGGACUCAAAUGCUUUUUUGACGAGACCUGCCCUGGAAUUGGUUGUGGGGCCGAAGGACAGCCUAAAUGCCGUUUCUGCGGCUCUGGCGAGUUCCAAGACUGCCCAACGCACGUGCCAAAGACCUUGCGGAAGAAAGAGGAUCACCCCGAGAAGCAAACCAGCAAAUCGGUGGUGACCAGCAAGCAUUCCAGUGAAAUAAUCUUUGGGGGCGAACCUGCAGCGGAGGCGAGCGUAGGUCAAAAACCCAAGUGCCCAUGCGAGUCCUCGAAAACGCAGAGAUGCUUCUAUGAUGCUUCUUGCCCUGGACUUGGCUGUGGAGCCCUUGGCCAUGACCACUGCCGCUUCUGCGGUGGGAACUUCCAUGCUUGCCCUUCAGAAGAAGAGAUGAAGCUGGCAGCUGUUCAAAAGCCAAAGACGGAGACUUCUGCACACGGGCGCCCUGCAGCCACACUGGCGCCAGCCGCUCAGCCCAAACCUGCACAGCUGAAGGUCUCCCAGGCGCUGCUCGACUCGCCGAUGUCCUUUGACGUGUACCGCUGUAUGGCCGCAGCUGCAGUUGACACACAUCCAAUGGAAGAUGAUGACAUUGCGGAUCUUGCCGGUGCUAUUAAGUACGUGCACACGGAGAUCCUCACUGAGCAUCUACAGAGCCCGAUAAGAACGGGAAGAAAGUACCACGUUGAUGCGAUCACAGCCCACCGUUUCAGGAUCAAGAACCCCAGGACAAUUCUGCAUCAAGCAGAUGCUUUACAAGGAGAAUUUGGCGCUUUUGUGACCUACGACUGGGGACAGGCAACAAACCCGGCUCAGCUGCCAAUGAUUGCGAACAAGGGGAACUUUGUUGGCAUCGCACCCUGCACAAACUUGCAUUGUGACGUGCGCUUUCCGCGCCACAUGCCCUACUCAUGGCUGUCGCUCGGCAACUUCUGCCCCAAUUUGAGCUGGGACAAGAAAGGAUCCAAGCAGGAUCCUAGCCCACACUGUCUCAAGUCAACGGCGGAGAAAACAAUCAUCGAAGGGGGACUUUGCAAAAAUGGCUUCGCGGCACAGAGCACCACACCAGGCUCGGACCCGACAGGAGAGCAAAACUGCGUGUAUACGUACGGCAAGGCAAAGGUUGUGAAGUGGGACGACAUAGUGGGCAUUACGCAGGAGGACUGCGGCAAGCACAAAUGCCAAAACUGGCUUGAUUUCCGCAUGAACUGCACCAACAGCCACUACAAGCGCCAGUUCACUUUAGAUGGCAAUAUCAAAGCCGUGGAUUACUGCGUUGAGUUCGAUAUCCAUCCGGCCUGCGAAGCAAACUGCGAGGUUGACCAGUGCAAGAAGUUCUUGGCAAGCGGCAAAGAGGCAUACCUUGGAUUACCCUUCUGGCGUGAUCGCUGUGAUGCACGAGCCAACGAGCGACGCAUUGAGAUGGUUGCCUACUCCCUGGGGGUGCCUGGCGCUUUGCAGAACCACAGGCUGGUCGAGUCAGAGGUUCUCGACAGGCCUUGCCCUCUGUCGAAGGGAACGAGUUGGACAUGUGAACCCAUCGAUGGCCACGGACCAUACUGCACACGAAGCUACAACGGAGCUUGUGACCAUUGCUUUAUUCCAGGUGUCCUGAAUGGAGCGGCGGCAAAGCCCUGGUGCCCACUAGACAUUCUCAGCACGCCGACUUAUGCAGACAUGCCAAAGCCCCGCUGCAAGAGUCGUGCUGCAUCGGACGGCUGUUGCCUGUAUGCUGGCACCUGCGAGGGCACGUCCGAUCCUGCCCGUGCUGCGCUGACUGAUGAUGGCAUGGCAUUGGUGGCUUCACGGAGGAGCACUCACGACAUGGAGUUCUUUUUAAGACGUGCUGCCGCUGAGGACAAGCGCUUUUCAGCUGUGAGCCUGUCAGGAGCCAACAUGAAGUGGGCAGCGUAUUUCGCUUGGAGCAUGGCGCCUGUGGACAGGACUCUCGAUGAGGCUUUAGAUGAGUUGAAGAUGUUCCUUGCGUCUGAGACGCCCAUGAUCACCCAGUAUGCAACAACUACGACUACAACCGCUGUCAUCACAGUGCCGGUGGGACAUGCAGGGCAUCCCAAGCCACCAUCUGCGCUGAAGUGCGCUGAGCAGCAGGUCUCCUUUAUGCCGCUUGACAUGCCUGAAGCACCCAUGACGCUGUCCACCUUGGCAGCCUGCCAGAAGAGGUGUGCUGAGCAACCGGGCUGCUUCCACUUCUCAUUCUUGGAUGGUGGCUUGGCGCAGGGCAGUUGUCAUCUGGCUGGCUUUUCCGCUUUUGCAGAGGUCUACAGCCCAUCGUGGAUUUCGGGACCUCCCAAAUGCUGGGCUGACAUCGAGGACAAAAGCUUGCUUAUCGACAAGGGCCACAACACGUAUGUACCGGUAGACUUUGCCUGCAUGUCCUGGGGCAGCUCAUUUUCGUCUACUGUGGGUGUGCCUGAAACAUUGCCGUCCGAGGAUUAUCCAAAAGAGGAAGAUGCUGUGCUGGAAUGUCAGAAGCGAUGCCGGGAGAAGAAGAGCUGCGAACACUUUACUGUGUCCUUCCCUCUUCGAACUUGUAGCUUUGCUGGACCUGGGUCAGUCGUCGUCAAUGGCAUUGCCGGAGCCAUUUCUGGACCACCCAAGUGCGGUGAGAAGGCCAUGCAGUCCUACUACUGGGAAGUUCUGCCGGGUUAUGCCAAGCGACUUAUGAAAUGGACCUUGCCAUCGGGUGCGAACAUGUGUUUUGGUGGGCUCCUCUUGGCAGUCGGGGUCUCGUUACUUGCGUUUCGUCGUCAGCAACCUCCGCGCACCGUUCGUGGCGUCCAGCGAGCCUUGGUGCCAGAAGAAGACAUGCAAACCUGGUGGCCAGCCGAGGAUGUUGAGAUGUCGGCACUCGAGUGA